CACAAACAAAUGUCAGUUGGUGUAAUGUUGGGCUACAACACCACAAAUAACCGUGACAUGCCAGGACGUUUUGAUAGAUAACUCCAUGACAUUGCUGAAACAUGUGGCUUAAACCCGAGGAGAUACUGCUGAAAAACGCGUUUAAAUUAUGGGUCACCGAGAAGGAUAAUGAGUAUUUCGUGUUGCAAAGGAGACGGGGGUACGGAGAAGGUGGAGGCGGGCUGACAGGUCUUCUGGUGGGAACUCUGGACACGGUGUUGGACUCCACAUCCAAAGUUGCCCCCUUUCGCAUUCUGCACCACACACCCGACUCACAAGUAUACUGGUCAAUAGCAUGCGGUGCAACCAAAGAGGAGAUUGUUGAGCAUUGGGAAUGGCUGCAGCAGAACAUCAUGAGAACGCUCUCUGUUUUCGACUCCAGCGAUGACAUCACCAGCUUCGUGCAGGGCAAGAUCAGAGGUCUUAUUGCCGAGGAAGGGAAGGUAUCUCUGGUGCUGGAGGACGACCCUGAGAAAUUCCGAGAAGCACUUUUGAGGUUUGAGAAAUGGUUUGAACUCCCACAGAAGGAAAAGCUGGUCACAUAUUACUCAUGCAGCUACUGGAAAGGCAGAGUGCCCUGCCAGGGCUGGCUCUACCUCAGCACAAACUUCCUCUGCUUCUACUCUUACCUGCUGGGUGCAGAAGUGAAAUUGGUCAUCUCCUGGGAUGAGAUCUGGAGGCUGGAGAAAACCUCUAAUGUUAUUCUGACUGAGAGCAUCCAUGUCCAGGCUCAUGGGGAGGAUCACUACUUCUCCAUGCUGUUGCACCUUAAUGAAACAUUCCUUAUCAUGGAACAGCUGGCUGACUACUCCAUUAAGCGCCUUUUUGAUAAAGAGUCUUUCCAAAGAGAGCCAGCCCUCUCCGAUCCCCUCCAAAUUACCAAGAGAGGCCUGGAAACUAAUGCAAGGAGUGAACAGUUCCGGGCGUUUUUUAGGCUUCCCAAAGAGGAGAACCUGUUAGAAGUGCAUGAGAGCUUCCUGUGGGUGCCCUUCAGCCAUUAUAACACACUUGGCAAAAUCUGUCUCUCUGAGAACUACUUGUGCUUCGCCAGCCAAGAUGGAAGCCAGUGCCACGUCAUCAUUCCAAUGCGAGAGGUUGUUAAUGUUGAGAAGCCAGAUUCCAGCAGCAGGGCUUUAACGGUAUGUGUGCGUGGAAAGAGGGCACUGCGUUUCUCUGAGGUUCGGGACUAUGAGCGACUUGCCAACACAAUACGUAGCAGGUGUGGGAUUACUGCCAGCCCCCUGCACUCUGCUUCAACAGAGGCCAUUCGAGGGGAGUGCCAGUCACUCAUCAACCAUUUUGAGGACAACCCAGACGACGUAACUCUGAUGGUGGGACAGAAGGGCAGCAGCAAAGCUGUCAGCACGGAGGCUCUCAUGACUGUUUUCCACCCCCAGGAUGUUGAAAACCUUGACCCCAAAAUGCUUAAAGAAAAAAUGAAGGAGCAGUCCUGGAAUAUCCACUUCUCAGAGUACGGACGAGGCACAAGUAUGUUCUUCACCAAGAAGACACGAGACUUGAUUGUACGUGGUGUUCCUGAGGCCUUAAGAGGAGAGCUGUGGAUGCUUUUCUCAGGAGCCGUAAAUGACAUGGCGACUCACCCAGGCUAUUACACUGAGCUGGUUGAGCAGUCUCUGGGCACGAGCACCCUGGCUACAGAUGAGAUAGAGAGAGACCUUCACCGCUCUCUGCCAGAGCACCCUGCUUUUCAGAGUGACACAGGAAUAUCUGCUCUUCGCAGGGUUCUCACUGCCUAUGCUUAUAGGAACCCUAAAAUCGGCUACUGCCAGGCUAUGAACAUUCUCACAUCAGUUCUGCUGCUCUACGCUAAAGAGGAGGAGGCUUUCUGGCUGCUGGUGGCCGUCUGUGAGCGGAUGCUGCCAGAUUACUUCAAUCGCCGAAUCAUCGGUGCUUUGGUGGACCAAGCUGUGUUCGAGGAGCUAAUUCGAGAGCAGCUUCCCCAGCUGGUGGAGCACAUGACAGACCUCAGUUUCUUCUCCUCGGUCUCCUUGUCCUGGUUUCUCACACUCUUCAUCAGCGUCCUGCCCAUAGAGAGUGCUGUCAACGUGGUGGAUUGUUUCUUCUACGAUGGCAUAAAAGCCAUUUUGCAGCUCGGCCUGGCUGUGCUCGAUUACAACAUGGAGGCUCUGAUCAGCUGCCAUGAUGAUGCAGAAGCUGUCACCAUCCUCAACAAAUUUUUUGAUAGUGUGACCAACAAAGACAGCCCAUUGCCGCCCACAGUGCAGCAAGCUUCAGUGGGCAAUAAUGACAAAGCCUCCCACGUCAGUGUGGACAUCAGUGAACUGAUCCGAGAGGCCUACGAGAAAUAUGGAACCAUCCGUUCAGAGGAAGUGGAGAGCUCACGCAAGAGAAACAAAUUAUAUGUAAUCCAGACCCUUGAGGAUACAACUAAGCAAAAUGUUAUUCGUGUGGUCUCACAAGAAGUCAAAUUCAGUGCCUCACAUCUUGAUGAGCUUUAUUAUUUGUUCAAAAGGCAGCAUUUCCUCAGCUGCUACUGGACAAUGAAUAGCCCAGUGCUGCUCCAUCAUGACCCCAGUCUGGCCUAUUUGGAGCAGUACCAGCUGGGUUUCCAGCAGUUCAGCAUGCUCUUCUCCCUACUGGAACCGUGGACUCUCUGCACUGGGAAGAGCAACCUCUCCCUCUGGGUCUUCCGCCUGAUAGACGAAAACCAGGACGGCCUUGUCAACUUCAGAGAGUUCUGCUAUGCCCUUGAUACGUUGUACAGUGGAUCAUUCACAAAUAAGCUGAAAUUCCUCUUCAAGCUACAUCUGCCACCAGCUUUCACAGGUAGUCCUUUACACUCAAAGCACGAAAGAAUCCAGCACUUUAUUCCAAUGACUGAAGACUCUUCUCACUUCACUAGACUCACUGCAUUUGAUCUUCCAGAAGAUGGUGUCAUUAGGAAAAGCCCUGAAAGAGGCAGAGGAAAGGUGGACCUGCAGGCCUACCUGAAACAAUGGCAAGAUGAGAUACUUAAGAAGGAGGAAACCAUCAAGGACUUACCCAGAAUUAAUCAGACUCAGUUCAUCCAGUUCUCCAAGACCCUAUACAACCUUUUCCAUGGUGACCCAGAGGAGGAAGCUCUGUAUCGCGCUGUGGCCCAUGUGACCAGUCUUCUACUGAGGAUGGAGGAGGUUGGACGGAGGCUGCAGGAGCCCAGCAGCCCUACGAAGCCCGCCACUGCCACUCGGGAAGGACUUCCAUCUGAGGAGGCUGUCACCAGCCCGGAGAGCUCGGACGCCUCCAGCACCCACAGCGGUCAAGAUGCAGGUUCCAGCCUCUCAGAGGUGGAGUGGUCUUUCUCCUUUGAGCAGGUCCUGGCAUCUCUGCUGAAUGAGCCUGCCAUAGUUAGCUUCUUUGAAAGGCCAACACUUAUUCAGACUAGACUGGACCAAGCAAAGGGCACCCAAUUGAAGGUAAAGGCAAACAAGUGAGUGGAUGCAUUGUGGAUCUAGCCUUCAGUCCAAGUCUUGAAAUUAUCAUGAAUUUCCUUUAUCCACUUGUUGAGGGCAGUGGAUUUUGAGGAUGCAAUCAGUACAAUGUAAAGCAUUAACAAUGCUGCCAUGAAUAAAGGAGGUGCAUAAAGGAAAACUGCUUCUCCAGCCAGAUAAUGAUAGUUGAUCACUGACACAGCGUGAGAGUAACUUAACCUAAACUUAGGUCUAGGAGGCGCUACAUCUGUAAGUCACUGUAAACAUCAUUGUAACCGUCCACUGAUGAACACCUUCAGUGCAUUCUCACAUUUAGCCUCUUUGCAGACAUACUGAACGCUGUGGUUCCUCAUAUCUUAGAUCAGCCAUUUUUACAACAGAUCUGAUUAAGUGAUGAAAUACAUCCUUACAUGUACCUAAAUUCUGUAGAAUUACAGUUAAAUAUGUGUAAUAUUGCCCUUAUACCACAGUGUAGUUAUAAAUUGAUAUUAGUAACCAUUCAGUACUGUCCUCCACUCAGAAAUAAGACAAAAUACUUCAUUUCUAGACUUCUAUUCAGCUCAUGCUGAAAUAAAAAUCCAUGAAGAAUGACUUUGAAAAGAUUAAAAGGUGACUGCGAGAGUCCCCACGGAGAUUCUCCAGAGAUGUAUUUUCUGUUUCAGAAUUGUUGCCACUGCUGUAAAGUGAAAUGUAUGGUUGUAAAUGUUAACACCCAUGAAUUCACAGCUGAAUCCCCUCUCUGUGACAAGUGAGCAGCUCCAGGAUUUACAUCUUGAUGACAUGACAGAUUAGUCAGGAUUCUGUGGCUUCUUGCUUUAACAAAGAGUUGUUUAUACUAAAAACAACAACAACAACUGUGGAAUAGCAACAUGUGAAUUAUUAAAUAGAGUGUUAGUCUCCUUUAAACCUCAACUAAUUUCCAGAAACACCAGCCUUUCAGUUGGGACAGGCACAGGAUAUACAGUAUGGGGAAUAGGAACGUACUGUAGCGUUGUCCCUGGAAGCCAUACAUUGCUUUAAGUGUGUGGAUAUUGGAUAUAUUAUAUUGAGAGUAUAAAAGAUGCAAUUAUGCUAUUAAACUGUUGCAAUAACAUACAAGGGGGAAUGCUAUGCUGCUCAGCCACAGCACACUCAUCAGUCUUGUUCCUACAACAGUAGCACACCCAGUAACCACAGUAUAGCAUUACCUCAAGUAUGUCUUAUGCUGGAAACAUGAGGCUAAUGUAAAGUAAAAUAGUAGUGUAAGAAAAAAAAAAAACUCUACGAAGCUGGGACAGUUUGGGAAAUUGCCUGAAUCCUCAUUCAAGUGAAACAUUUGGCAACUCCAGCAGCUGUGUAUCAGUGGAACUCACCCAGUUGAAAUAGACUAGAAAAUGUGCUCUUAUGUUGAAGGCUUAAAGGGAAAAUAUGUUUGCUUCAUGUGCUUUUUGCUUCCAGCAUGGUUUAUGUUUUAUUCAAUAUUGCAUUAUGCUAUUAUUUUCUUGGGGGAGUACAGCAUACUGUACAUAAGGGUCAGUUAAAUCCUGUGGUUUAUUUGGUUAUUGUGUUUAUGAAACUUUGACUGAACAUUUAUAAUAGGGCAUGACAUAGUGGAUUGCUGUGGAUAAACCUACACUUACCUUUCAGAAUACAUUUUGCUUUAUCAAAUCUCAGGGGUGCAAUAUGUGUACAACAGAUAAAGAAUAGGUAAAGAAGGGUAUUUUUGGAACAGGAGCAUAUAUGAUAGGAGUUUAACAUAGCCUACGUUUGCCUGUUAUGUUAAAGCAUAGAGCAUUUGAGGUGUAGUUACAGGAACUGCCACUUUAUGCUAGCCUUCAACAAACAGCCUUCAGCUAUAUCAGUCUCUGCGAAAGGCCAGAUAUGUAUUUUAGUUUCUCUUUUUUCAUAAGUGCAUUUUGUCCUGCAUCCUUUUCUUGUGUUUGCUUAUAUCUGAACAAACCUGUUGCACAAGUUUUGAAAAGUUUAAAGAUUAAUUAAAGCUAUACGUAAAGCCUGUAGCUGGACCAGCAACCACAACAGACCUCAGACCCGUUGGUUUGCAGGCAGUCCUGACUGUUCCGGCUGCAGCGUCUCAUUCGCAGGGGCCAAAUUUACAAACAUGACCAAGAUUUGUGUGGGGAAAAAGUGUUAAAGAAACUUAAGUGCAGUUUGCUUGCCUAUAUUCUGAUGAGCUUGCCAUUAUAGGAACUUGAUAGUUUUUUUUUUUAUUCUUCAUUAAAGGACUACUUAUUUUUGCAUUUUACUUGUUUACAAGAUAACUUAAAGCCCCAGUGUGGAAUUCAUUUGACCUUAUGAUUGUUAAUAUCACAGAAUCUUUGGAAGUUUUACAUAUUCAGUGCAAGACAAGUAAUCGUUUGCAAACUCCCAGUACUGUUUAGAACUGAAAGUAUUUAACGUCAUUGUUUACAUGCCCAACUAAAAAAAAAAAAAAAAAAAAAAAAUCUCAGUAACAUCUAACACAUU